AUGGCUAUUAACUUAUCUCACAGCUUAGUUGCUGAUUCAAUUGUUGUUGGUGACGAUGAAUCUUUGCACACCGUUAUUCCUCUAUCUACACCAAUGAUAAAGUCCUCAACUCAGAAGCAAUUGUUUAUUGGCAAUGGUGCUUCUCUUUUAUCAAUCGAAAACCAACAUAUAUUAAAUGAGUUUUUUGGCAACAAAGAUCAGCAAUGGAAAAUACUCUACAAGGCAUCAAGAGAUGGUUUCUCCUCGUCUGACUUUCACCAUCAUUGUGAUCAAAAAGAUGCUACUAUGACUGUCAUUCAAUCAAUAGGUGAUACUCAUCUUUUCGGUGGUUAUACAAGUAUACCAUGGACUACAUGUACGGGUUACAAAUAUGAUCCAACAGCUUUUCUUUUUACGCUGAAAUCGUCAUCACCAAUGUAUUAUACAAUCGAACCACAACAUAUUGAUCAAGCUGUUCUUCAUAGAAAUGAUUGUGGUCCAUGUUUUGGUAGAGGAGAUCUCUAUAUCAGUUCGAAUUGUAAUCAAAAUCGAAAUUCUUCUAUAAACUUUGGGAAUACUUAUAAUACAAUAGCAGAAUCCUCAGGAAAGAAACAUUUUACUGUAAGAGAAAUUGAAGUUUAUAAUAUUUUAAUUGAUUAA